AUGGAUACAACCAAAAUUGGGGCAGUGGGAGGACGUGGUGGAUUAAUUUGGGAACAAGAAAGAGAUGAAUUAGCUGGAAUUUUUGUAUCUUAUUGUGAAGACAAAGUUUAUUCACUUCAAUUCCUUAAUUGUGUGAAUGGAAACUUUGUUAGUUCAGAGAAAUAUGGUUCUCCACACUGUAAAUUCUAUAGUGCAGUUAUCUUAAAUUAUCCAUCAGAAUUUCUUACUUCAAUAUCUGGUUCAUUUGAACGGGUCAACAAAAAGUCAUUUUUCUCAGCGUUGUCUCCAACUCGAGAUUUGACAGUUUUAAGAGCAAUAAAAUUUAGUACCAAUAAAGGUUCUUAUGGACCAUUUGGUACUCCAUCAAGUGAUGGCAAUAAUAAUAUUGACUUCAACUUUGUGAUAGGAAAUCAACAAUUUUUGGGGGGUUUUCAUGGUACUAAGAAUUGUGAUGGAAUCGAAAGUAUUGGAUUUUAUAUGAAGAACAUUCCUUCCUCUUUGAUCAAGAAAGAUUUGCCAGUACAGGAUGAAAAGAAAAAAGAUUAA